AAACAAUAUCUCAGAACAUUAGAAAAUCAACCUAAAUAUCCACUCCCGUCGUCCUGGACUCGCAGUUCAUCCACGACCCACCGAACCACAAUGGCCACGUUCCUGGGAAGCUCACCGGCGCUCCUCGCUCGUCCCAUUGCCAAGCCGCACAUCUCCUGCGCGCAGACACCGCGCCCGGCAAUUGCCCAGAACCAGCCGCCGUCCAGCGAGCAGCCGGAACCACAGAAACAGCGGCACUCCGUGCAAGCGCAGCCACAGCAGGCGGCGGCGGCGGCGAGGCCGAAGCACGCGGGCGUCGCGGACUCCACUGACUGGAUAGCCUCGUCGUUGACGCGGCGGUCCGGAAUCGGUGCGGGGCUGGCGUGGGCCGGCUUCCUGGCCGUCGGCGUCGUGUCGGAGCAGCUCAAGACACGCUUCGAGGUCGCGCAGCAGCAGGCCAACACCAAGGACGUGGAGCAGGAGCACGAGGUCGUGUUGCCCAACGGGAUCCGGUACUACGAGAUGCGCGUCGGUGGCGGCGACGUCCCGCGGCCGGGCGACCUGGUGGUAACCGACCUGCAGGGCCGGGUGGCCGGCAGCGGCGGGGAGGCGUUCGUGGACACGCUCGGCGACGGCAAGCGGCCGCUGGCGCUGGUGAUGGGCUCCCGGCCGUACACCAGGGGCAUGUGCGAGGGUGUUGAGCACGUGGUGCGCUCCAUGAGGCCAGGCGGCAAGCGGCGGGUGGUCGUCCCGCCGGGCCUCGCGUUCGGCGACGGCGGCGCCGACUUCGGGGAGGAGCACGUCCAGAUCCCGCCCGGCGCGACGCUCGAGUACGUCGUGCAGGUCGACAAGGUGUCCAUCGCGCCGGCGUGAGGGCCUGCCGAGGCGGGAGCCGGGGCGAAGCUACAUUAUUCUUAGAGGUGCAAAUGCACCCAAAAAUAUACAAAAUCUAUAAAUUUAGUUAAGAUUUCAAUACAUAUACAUAUGCAUCUUUAUAAUAAAUUCUUAUGCACGCAUAAGUCACGUGCGCCUCUCC